CCUUCCAAUUCAAUUCCAUAAAAUUCCAGUUCCAAUUCAAUUCCAAUUUCAAUUUCGUGUACCAAACGGAUCCUCAUAGUUAAGUCAUUUCCAUAUAUAGUAACUUUUUUCUCUUUCUUACUUUGUUUUUUCUUACUUUAUUAUCUCAAUUUUAUUCCCUUUUUACUUUAUCUAUUUAUUUAACACAGUUAACAUUUAUUUCUUAAACUAUACGCCGAAAAGUUUUGCCUCAACUACGAGACAACCGGAAGGAGUAAUACUUUAAUGCUCUCUUUUAGAUUCCCAAAUAACAAAAAAGUAAAAACUGAUAAAUAUUCCGUACCCAAUUCCGACGCUCACCGGAAAACUCGUUUUAUUCCGGGAACAUGACGAGAGAAAAAGGCAGCGCCGCUGUGGCUCUCCGCCGCCACAUCGAGUCCGUCUCCAGCGGCAAAGAAAACCUCACCGACGAGCAAGUAGUAGGCCUACUCUGCUCGUUACACCGGCUCACCUACUGCCGUCUUGAUCGCAACCUCCUAACCGAACGCGUCGCCAAAAUCACCCAGCUCCAGCGCCGGAGAGCAGGCGUCAUUUCCCAAGAUCCCGCUCCGUUCUCAGCCAGACGGCAAAAAAUCAAUGAGCCCGCUCCGUUCUCAGCGAAACGGAAAAAAAUCAAUGAGGUCUCCGGCAGUCCAUUGGAAAAGGGCGAUUGUAGUAUUAAUCCAAAAACGAUUUGGAAUUUAGGGCGGAGUGAUGAAUUAGGCCAUGGCAGGGGAGAGAUGAACAUGAAUGGGGGAAGGAGUGAGAGUGAGAGUGAGAAACAUAGUCGGCCAAUUUUUAGGGAUUUCUUGGGAAUUACUAGUGUGAUUGACGAAUUGAAGCAGGAGGUGGUUCGGCCACUGCAUCAGCUGAAGCUGCUGCGCCACCUCGGAGUCGAGCCUACGUCUCGAAUUCUGCUGCAUGGGCCACCCAAAUGUGGGAAGACCAUGUUGGCCAGAGCCGUUGCCAAUGAGGCCAGAUUGCCAUUGUUUGAAAUCUCUGUUGCUCGAUUGAUGCGUGGAGAUUUAGGUGCAGCAGAAGAAAAGAUCCGAAGAUUGUUCUUAACAGCAUACAUUAGAGCACCAUCUGUUGUGUUCAUUGAUGAAAUUGAUGCGAUGACUUCAGUAAAGAAAAGGACACUGAAGGAAGUAGAGUAUCGCAUAGUGGAUCAGUUGAUGGCUUUUAUGGAUGGGCGAGACAGACCUACCGGACCAGUAAAUGACGAUGUUAGUUUUGAAAGUUCUAAUAGUACACCUGGCUAUGUGCUGGUGAUUGGAGCCACCAAUAGGCCUGAUGCUCUUGACACUGCCUUAAGGCGUUUAUUUGAUCGUGAAUUUGCUUUAGGUGUUCCAGAUGAAUGUGAAAGGUUUGACAUUCUGUCAGCUCUAACGCGUAAUCUUAAGGUUGAAGUUGGUUUUGAUCCCAGGAAAUUAGCUAGGUCCACUAUGGGUUAUGUAGCAGGAGAUUUGGUAGCUCUAGCAAAAAAGGCUGGUAUGCUUGCUGUACAUAGUAUCAUGGGCAAGAGAAACUCAGAGUAUCUCAAAGAACCGAGGCACAUGGUUGAACAUGAAGAAUGUUACACGCGGCCAUUUUACGAUGAAGAAUUGGAGAACCUUAGCAUAACCAUGAAACACUUUGUGCAAGCUGGAAAGAUGGUUCAACCGUCUGCAAUUAUGAAAGAUUUUUUCACCACACUACAUGCAAAGUGGGAUGAUGUUGGAGGUCUUGAAGCAUUGAAAUCGGAGUUUGAACGCCAUGUAGUUAAAGCGAUAAAGUAUCCUCGAGUUUAUGAGGACAUAAAGACGAGUGUCCUUAGCUCCUUUCUCCUUUGUGGUCCUUCUGGCUGUGGAAAGACAUUGCUUGUCAAGGCUGUGGCUAAAGAAGCAGGAGCAAAUUUCAUGCAUAUCAAGGCCCGUGAUCUAUUGAAAUUUGGCGAUCAGUGCGAAAUGGUAGUGCACAACAUAUUCAGUUAUGCAAGCACUCACAUCCCAUGUGUACUUUUCUUCGAUGAGCUGGACGUAAUGCCCUCACGUGAUGAUGUACCACGAUGGCCGGACUUUAGAAAGCUAAUAUCAGAGCUGAGUGAUACAGAAUUAACGAUGGAAGGUGUUCUUGUGUUUGGUGCAACAAACAGGCCUGAAAUUGUGAGUCAUUCUUCACUCAUCAAAACACAAUUUGAUAGGCUUUUGUAUGUUCCUCUCCCUACUCCAGAAGAGCGAGGUGCGAUAUUGAAAGCUCUUACUCGAUGCAAGCCAAUAGAUCCCGAGGUGGACCUUAUGGCCCUAGGAAACGACGUGGCCUGUGAAAAUUUUAGUGGCCGUGAUCUAUUUGCUUUGGUAACAGAAGCUUCUAAAUUCGCCAUUAAUAGACCAGCAUUGUCUGUUGGGAACCGCAUGACAAUCAAAGAUGCAGAUUUCGAGAGUGCGUUGGCGAAAGUCUCCCCUUCUCUCUCAGCCACGGAAGUCAAGAAGUGGGAGCUUCAGUCUAAGAAGAUUGUUGUUCAUAGCAUUUCUGUGGACUGAUGUUGCCUUACUUAUGUGCUAUUGUAUGUAAUGUGUGAAUUAUGUGAGUUUUCAUUGCAUCUUCUGGAGCAUUUUAGUUAAUGUCUCAGUUGCAUAAUUGAGAUUUUGGUAGUGUUUGGAUUUUGGUAAAAGUGGUCUUUAAUGAAAUUUGAAUAUUUUUUUUA